AUGGUUUUGAGGGAUGGUUCCCUCUAUGCAGAACCUCUCAAGCUUGAUGCAUUGUUUCAUAUUAUUUUGGAGCAGGAAUGGGGCAUAUUUGCAUACAUAUUAAGCUCCGUGCAAGUGGUGGAAACAAGUUCAAAAACACCUGGUCCUGCUGCUCAAUCAGCUGUUAGGGCCCUUGCUCGUUCAGGAAUGAAAAUCGGUCUUACAGAGGAUGUGACACCCAUUCCUUCGGGUAGCACUCGUAGAAAGAGUGGUAGAAGAGGCAUUGAUCCGAGUUUUAGUUUGUUACUGACAAACACGUUCAUUUAUUUGUUGAAAGUUCUCUUUGAUGCUUCGGGGUUUGCAAAUGGUGCCUAA